UAUGCGCAUGCCCAGUGGGUCAAUAUUUCAGUUAGCUGUCCUCUUUGGCUCCUUGCACCGAAGUGAAGGCAACGAACGAGCGUCAACCGGACUGUCUUUAUAACUCAUAAAAAUAUGUAUUCCUGUGCCAGAUACGCUGUUCCUGCACUUAGAAAUGCUACUCGUGCUGUGUUGAGACCUCAGAGCAGUACGUUAGCUACUCUUUCCAAAACGACUGUCAUUCCAAGCAGCCAGGCUUUAGUCCCAUUUUCAAACCAAUUACAUACAUCACCAGCAACGCGUGAUAUUGAACAAGCAGCCAAGUUUAUCGGUGCUGGCGCAGCUACAGUAGGAUGUGCAGGUUCUGGUGCUGGUAUCGGAACAGUGUUUGGUAGUUUAGUCAUUGGUUAUGCGAGAAAUCCAUCCUUAAAACCACAAUUGUUUUCCUAUGCUAUUUUGGGAUUCGCGUUAUCCGAAGCUAUGGGACUGUUUUCCCUUAUGAUGUCGUUUUUAAUUUUAUUCGGUUUGUAGACUGCUUCAUUGAUGCAUGUUAUCUGAAUGAAUGCGUUGCUUGUUAAUUAGUUAUACAGUAAAUACAUUUUCAAAUUAUGUUAACAUGUAUGCUUCAUUCUGCAAACUAUAGUACACUACCAACCUAAAUAA